AUGACAACUUAUUUAGCAUCGUACCUACCAGCGAUCCAAUCUAUAAUACCUCAAUCAUCACCUACAUCUGCACCUUUACCCGAGAUAGGAUCCAAAGCACCUUCUUUACCCGAUGUUCAAAUUGAUGGACCCACUUUAGUAGCUUUUGUGAGACAUUGUGGAUGUCCAUUCGCAGAGAAGGAGAUACAUCUUUUAUCUGAUCAAUUGAAAGCUCAUCCACAACUGAAGAUUAUAAUCGUUCAACAUGCUGAAAAAGAUCAAGUGGAUCAAUGGUUCAACGAGAUCGGAGGACCUAGAUUGUUCCUUGAUACAAGUAGAUAUACAUUAAUUCCAGAUCCUUCCAGACAACUGUAUGCGAAUUGGGGAAUAGGUCAAUUAGGUUGGGGAGGAAUGAUAAAUAAAUCAAUAAUGGAUUCAGUUUCUUCUUUGGAAAAAGAAGGUAUCAAUUUACGUUCAACAGGUAAAGGUUCUUAUAGAUGGCAAAAUUCAGGUGGAUUCGCUGUGGAUCAAAAUGGUUUUGUGAAAUGGAGGAAAAUAGCUCUUGAUAGUUCAGAUAUCUGUGAUUAUUCUCAAGCUGCCAAUAGUCUUCUUUAA